UCUGAACAUCUUGUAAGACUGAAGUGUGUGUGUGUGUGUGUGUGUGUGUGUGUGUGGAGGAGGAACAUUCAUCUAUUGAGGAGAGAGAAACCCUGUCACACCUGGGAGACUGUUAAAGGUGAACCGUGGUGAUGGAUCUGGACGUGAUGAACAUGUUUGUCAUCGCCGGAGGAACUCUCGCGAUCCCCAUCUUAGCUUUUGUGGCUUCUUUUCUGCUUUGGCCUGCAGCACUUAUCAAGAUUUAUUACUGGUAUUGGAGGAGGAGACUGGGGCUACAGGUGGAUUAUGCAGAGCAUGAUGGAUAUCGCUUCUGUUACACACACCGGGGGAAGCCUGGGAGUCGGCCAUCUAUACUCAUGCUUCAUGGCUUUUCUGCUCAUAAAGACAUGUGGUUGGGUGUGGUGAAGUUCUUCCCAACCAACGUGCAUCUGGUGUGCGUUGACAUGCCUGGCCAUGAGGGCACAACACGCACUAGCGCUGUGGACUACUCCAUUGAGGGACAGGUCAAAAGAGUACAUCAGUUUGUAGAAAGUGUUCAGCUGAAUAAGAAGCCCUUUCACCUGGUGGGAACAUCCAUGGGUGGUUGUGUAGCAGGAGUUUAUGCUGCUCGCUAUCCCUCUGAUCUGUCCGGUCUCACACUGAUCUGUCCUGCAGGUCUGAAAUACCCCAAGGAGAGUGAAUUCUUGAGACAUCUGAGAGACCUGGAGAACAGCACGGAUGUCCAAAGCAUCCCUCUCAUCCCCUCAACUCCAGAGGAGAUGGAGGACAUGCUGAAACUGUGCUCCUUUGUGCGCUUUAAGAUCCCUCAUCAGAUCCUUCAGGGGUUGGUGAAGGUCCGUAUUCCACACAACAACUUCUACCGUGAAGUGUUCAUGGAGCUAGUAGACGAAAAAUCGAGACACUGCCUGCAUGACAACAUGCACCUCAUUUCAACACCACUUCAAGUCAUUUGGGGGAAGCAAGAUCAGGUGCUCGAUGUAUCCGGUGCGUCUGUUUUGGCUGAUACUUUGCCCGGAUCCCAAGUCGAUCUGUUAGACAACUGUGGCCAUACUGUGGUGAUGGAGCGUCCUCGGAAAGCUGCUCAUCUCAUCGUGGACUUCAUCACGCGUCAGCAGAAUUCAGGAAGCGCUAGCAGCAAAAAGCUUUCUUGAAACUAUGAAACUUCACAGCGAGAUUUUAUUAUUUUUACGAAAUUUGUAAUUUAUCUUAAAUGUAUUUUUCUAGUGAGCCCUCAGGGACAGACCACCAGGGUUAAAUUUACUCUUGUAGUAUUUAAGAUUGAACAGAACUAGAAUUGCUGGAACAUUGCUGAAUUUACUGCAGUGUGGACCAAUAACAGGCAAUAACAUUUUACUGACAGUUUCAGGUUUUACUAAAUUCAGAAAAAGGCCCAGAAAAACAAGCACUAUUAUUACUUUUUGUAAGAAAUGUCCUUCGAUCUUUUAGGUAACAGUGAAACACUGCAUGUAUUGUGUGUACCUUGUGCUGUGAAGCACUUUUUGAAGCCUUCACUGUAUGCAUUAGCAUAAAGUUUUAAUUUGUUUGGUAUUUCUUCUGUGUUAAAAUCCACAUUUAAGAGCUAAGUCCUGAAAUGUAACGGUGUAUUGUUCAUUUUCAUGUAAAAUGCACUGCACUCCUACACUACAUUGUUCUGAAUACUUAGUAAAAACACUGAAGCCAUAA